GGGGUCCCCAAAUGAGUAACCUACAAAUAGUCACAUAUAUAGGAAACUCCCUUUCAAUUUCUAAAACCUUAUUUUUAUUUCUUUAAGGGAAAAUGCUCUCCAUGACAUAGGUGUGGUGGUACCCUCCCAUGCAACUUCCAGGAAAUGUUAUUUGCCAGCAACCUAAUUCUAUCCUCAUUCUCCCUUAGCUUAGCUUCCUUCCUUUGCAAUUUGCAUCUUCUUGGACUCUUUCCACCUAAAUUUCCUCUACAUCAUAUUCUUCUCUUAUCCAUAUAUAAAUAUCCCUUUGAACUCAUCGUAAUUGAUCAUCAUAUUUUCUAUGAUUAUCUAUAUCCAUCCAAUGAUACUUUUGCUUCAAUAGUGGAAAAAAGAGGUUCAAUUGAAUCUCUUUCGUUGAAAAAUUACACUGUGCAUAGAAGAUAUCAAGUUCAAAUCCUAGUGGUGGCAUUGUUACAUUUUUUUCGAAACCCCUUGUUAAAAUUCCUAAUUUCGCCACCUUCCAAGUUAAUAAGAGAAGGAAGGAGAUUCAAUUGAAUAUCUUUCAUUGAAAAAUUGUACUAGUGAAAGAGGGUCCCUUGUUCACAUCCUAGAGAUUUCAUUUUUACGUAUAUUUUUUUUUUGAAAUUUCUUGUUAAAUUUCUGACUCCACCACUAGUCUAAUAUCAAUGGCUACAUUGGGGCACGACGUGGUAUUUGAGGAUUUUUUUCCAUCAAUGGUGGAGAAACUUGGAGGUGAGGGAUUUUUGAAGGAGCUAAAAAAUGGAUUUAGGGUUUUAAUGGAUGAGGAGAGGGAAGUCAUCACAUUUGAGAGCUUGAAGAAGAACUCAGAGUUGUUGGGAUUAAAGGACAAUAUGAGUGAUGAUGAGGUGAUGUGCAUGUUGAGUGAAGGGGAUUUGGAUGGUGAUGGUUGUUUGAAUGAGAUGGAAUUUUGUGUAUUAAUGGUUCGUUUGAGUCCUGAUUUAAUGGACAUUUCAAGAAUGUGGUUGGAGGAAACUCAUGCCAAAUUGGUUUAAAUAAUCCAGCUUAGCGUUGCGCUUCCCAGUAAAAAUGACUUCAUUCUCAGGACUCGAAAAAAAGAUGGUAAUAUUUUUCACUCUAUCACAAACUUCAAGGAAAUAAUACUUGUCACUCUAUCAUAAACUUCAACGGUUCUUUAGUAAAUGUCCAUCCUAAUAUCAUUAUUAUAUUCCUCUAAAAGCUCAUAAACAUUUUGCUAGUAAUAUUAAAAGGGGAAUUUGAUGGAGAUGGUU